AUGUCGAAGAACACUCCCUUCCAAGACGAUGUGCCAUGGAGAGCUUCAUCAUCUUCACUAAAACCACUACCCAAAAUUCACCACUCUCCCAUUCUUCGCGUUUCUCACACACCUCUAUCCGAUUAUGCAAUUUCUAUCAUGAGGCAUCCAAACCCUAUAGGGAAUGGUUUGGGUGAUGUAGCUAUAGUGGAAGCAGCUGGUCCUGAAUGCAUAGUGCCUGGUCAAAGUGCUCCCAUUAAAGUACUUGGUCUCAAGGUCUGGCCUAUCGAAGUUGACUUGAAAUUUUUGGAACCCGUCGGACGAGAACUUAAGGCGCUUGGGAAGUUCUUGGAUGAUGCUGUGGAACUUAUGAACAAAUCAUUCAUAGAUCGCUGA